AUGAUGGCUGGCAAAGAUGACUUAGACGACUGUGACAUCAUCAAACAAGGUCUGAUGGUGAAGCGGUCGCAAAACAAAAAACGAUUCAUGCCUAUUAACUACAAACAGAGAUGGUUUGUAUUGACGACUAAGAACUUCAUUUACUAUGAGUCUGAAACGGAAGAAAUUAUUGAAAGAAGCUCACUGCCGUGUCUCCAUAACAUACAUCAACUGCUUAACAGGCGUAAAAAAGAACGAGGUCGUAUUAAACUGUCUACGGUGACUGUGAUUGAAACAGCUACAAUUACUUCUUCGCCAAAUAUUUUAUCUCAAGAUACUACUAACAAUGACGGUGAAAAUGGGUAUGCAUUUCAAAUAUCAUAUAGUGAUGGAAAUGAUCAACCAUAUACAUUGUAUUUAAUCACACAAAAACUCCAAGAGAGAACUGAUUGGAUAAGAUCUUUAAGAGCUGUAUGUGCUGACACCUUGGGAAAGAGUGAAAAAUAUCAUGCAUCAAUCUGGGGUGGUAAAAAAUGGCAAUGUUGUCGAGCUCCAACACGUAAUGCUGAAGGCUGUGAACCGUGUUCCGAAUGGAACAAGACACCGCCAAAUUCACCUAUUAUAAAAAAUGGUGAAAAUAAUAGUCCAAUAUUGGCAUUAACAGCAAGCCCAAUAAUGCCAGGUGGAACCCCAGCUGCUAAGCUAAAAGACCAAGUACCAAGAAUUAAGGUAGUGACUGCUCUCUAUCCCUUUAAAGCAAUUGAACCAGGAGAUUUGACUUUAGUUAAAGGAUGUGAAUAUGACGUCAUUGAUGAUUCUCAAGAUCAUUGGUGGAAAGUAAGAGAUGAGCAUGGUGCUAUUGGCUACAUUCCUAGUAAUUAUGUUAAAGAAAAAGAAUUUCUUGGUCUUCAAAAAUAUGAAUGGUAUGUUGGAGAUAUGUCAAGACAGAGAGCUGAGUCUCUUCUCAAACAAGAGGAUAAAGAAGGAUGUUUUGUUGUUAGAAAUUCGUCAACCAAGGGUCUUUAUACACUAUCUCUUUUCACAAAAGUGCCACACUCUCACGUGAAGCAUUAUCACAUUAAGCAAAAUAGCCGAGGAGAUUUUUUUCUAAGCGAAAAACAUUGCUGUUCAACUAUUCCAGAAUUAAUUAAUUACCAUCGUCACAACAGUGGGGGAUUAGCAUCACGUUUAAAAGCUUCUCCUUGUGAUCGUCCUGUUCCUGCUACAGCUGGCCUUAGUCAUGACAAAUGGGAAAUAGAUCCUGCAGAACUAAUGUUGUUGGAAGAACUAGGAUCAGGUCAGUUUGGUGUGGUACGUCAUGGUAAAUGGAAAGGUUCCAUUGACACAGCAGUCAAAAUGAUGAAAGAAGGCACAAUGUCUGAAGAUGAUUUUAUUGAAGAAGCCAAAGUCAUGACGAAACUCCAACACCAGAAUCUAGUCCAACUUUAUGGAGUUUGUAGUAAACAUCGCCCAAUUUAUAUAGUUACCGAGUAUAUGAGACAUGGAUCACUGCUGAAUUAUCUCAGGCGGCAUGAAAAUAGUUUAGGAGGCAACAAUGGCUUAUUACUUGACAUGUGUAUUCAGGUUUGCAAGGGGAUGGCCUAUUUAGAACGUCACAAUUACAUACAUCGUGAUCUUGCUGCUAGAAACUGUUUAGUGGGUUCAGAAAAUGUUGUAAAAGUUGCAGAUUUUGGAUUAGCCAGGUAUGUCCUCGAUGAUCAAUAUACCAGUUCUGGUGGUACCAAAUUUCCCAUUAAAUGGGCUCCUCCUGAAGUCUUAAAUUACACUAGAUUUUCUUCGAAAUCUGAUGUUUGGGCUUAUGGUGUUUUAAUGUGGGAAAUAUUUACUUGUGGUAAGAUGCCAUAUGGACGCCUUAAAAACACUGAAGUUGUUGAUCGUGUACAAAGAGGCAUUAUUUUGGAAAAACCGAAAAUGUGUUUCAAAGAAGUAUAUGAGGUUAUGCGUAAGUGUUGGAGCCAUUGUCCUGAAGAUCGUCCAUCUUUUAGAUUGUUAAAAGAUCAACUGGCAGUCACUUCUCAGGGUUUAAUAGCAGAUUGA